AUGCUGAAACCAACGAAAACUCACAAGAUAAUAAUUCUAACGUAUCUGCUAUACAAACACAAUCCUUAUCUGCUUCUAGCUACGGCUAAAAUAAUUAUGUAUGACUCUCACAAUAACCCAUUUAAAACUACUAUUCUGCUAGACAACGGUUCCCAAAACUCAUUUGUUUCACAAGAACUAGUAAAUAAACUACAAUUGAAAACGUUUGAAAAAACACUGCAAAUUUCCGGCAUAUCACAAACAGUAUCAACCACAAAUAAAAUGGUUCAUUUAAAAUUCUUUCCACAUUCCAAUCCGAUCAAACACUUUGAAAUACCUUGUGCAGUAUUGCCAAAAAUUACUUGCAAAUUACCACAAGUAAAAAUUAACGUAAGCCAGCUACAUCUGCCUACUGAUAUUAUUCUAGCUAAUCCAGAAUUUAACAUACCAUCGGAGAUUCACAUUCUAGUUGGGGCCGAUUUAUAUUACAAACUUCUUACACCAGGUAUCAUAGAUCUCGGUAAAAAAUUACCUAGUUUACAAAAUACUAGCUUAGGCUGGAUAAUUGCUGGAACUAUUCCAAACAGUGCUUCUUUUAAUUCCGUGAAUAUUCAAAAUAAUGAUUCCGUGUUUACAAGCUGUAAUCAUAUUUCUAUAUCGAACAAAGACCUAAGUUCAUCUCUUUCUAAAUUUUGGGAACAGGAGGAAAUUCCUUCUAAGAGUAUUCUCUCGUCUGACGACGAACUAGCGGAAACUAUUUUUCAAAAUUCCACACAAAUUCUGGAAAACGGCAGGUUCCAAGUCAAUUUCCCGUUGAAAUCUGAAAAAGAACACCAUAAACUCGGUGAAUCAUUUCUGAUAGCUAAAAGGCGAUUUCUCUCGCUCGAAAAUAGAAUCCAUAAAAAUCCAGAAUUAAUUUUUGAAUAUAGUAAAUUUAUUUCUGAAUAUGUAAACUUGGGACAUGCAAAAUAUGUCACUCUUAACCUCACUAAUUCAAAAAACGAAUUAAAAUAUUUUAUCCCACACUUAUGCGUAAUUCGUGAACAAAGUAUAUCUACAAAACUUCGUGUUGUCUUUGAUUCUAGUUGCCCUACCUCAACAGGUGUUUCUUUAAAUGAUAUAACUUUGAAAGGGUACCAGGUGCCACCAGAUCUAUUCGAUAUUCUUUGCCGUUUCAGCCUAAAUAAGUUUGCGAUAACUUCUGACGUACAAAAAAUGUUUCGUCAAAUUUCUAUAAACACAGAACAUCGUUUUUUACAAAAUAAAUUAUGGCGAGAAAAUCCUCAACAACCCCUGCAGUGCAUUGAGUUAUCAACUCUAACUUAUGGUUGCAAUUUCUCUCCGUUUGUAGCGACAAGAGUAUUGCAAGAGAUUGCAAAUAAUAAUAGUUCCAAUUUCUCUUUAGCGGCAAACGCCCUCAUAUCCGAAACUUACAUGGAUGAUAUAAUUUCAGGUACAAAUUCUGAACAUGAAUUGAUAAAAUUAAUUCAAGAAUUAAAAAUUUUAUUAGGAAAUCACGGGUUUAAUUUACAUAAGUGGGCCUCAAAUAACUCAAACGUUCUCGCUGAAAUUUCUGAUUCAAACAAUUCUUCCUUCUUACAAAAUCCUGAAAAAUACAUUAGUCUUGAUUUAGAAAAUUCUCAAAAUAAAUUUCUAGGCCUAAAUUGGAUCCCAGCUUCUGAUAAUUUGAACAUUUCUGUCCCCACUACCUUUUCAAUAUUCCCCGCAACCAAGAGAAAAAUUCUCUCAACCAUAUCGCGAUGUUUCGAUCCUCUUGGACUUUAUAAUCCCAUAAUAUUGUCUGGAAAACUUUUGGUCAAACAAUUAUGGCAAGCUAAACUUGACUGGGACACAGAGAUAUCAGAUCCAGUCAUAUUGGAAAAAUGGCAUACAUUCGUAAACAAUCUUCCUAAGCUAUCUCAAUUAACUAUUCCAAGAUUCAUUUUUUUGGACAAAUCUAUCAAUCUCAUCGAAAUGCAUGGUUUCUCAGACGCGAGUCUGAAAGCUUUUGGCGCAUGCGUGUAUUUACGAACCAUUUAUUCUGACAAUUCUGUUUCCUGUAAUUUAAUUUCGGCAAAAUCGCGUGUAUCCCCCGUUUCUACCACAAUUACACUUCCUCGGCUAGAAUUAUCAGCCAUGCUCCUACUGUCUAAUUUAGUGGACAAAAUUUAUAAAAACUUUCAAACAAAGAUUAAUAUUAUUUCUGUAAAUCUCUGGUCCGACAGCCAGAUCGCUUUAUGCUGGCGCAAUGGUGAACCCAGCCGUUGGACAGUAUUUGUAGGCAACAGAGUUGCUAAAAUUCAAGCCAUAACUAAAGAUCAUUCAUGGAGGUAUGUAAAUACUAUCGAUAAUCCCGCUGAUUUGGUGUCACGUGGCACUAGCGCAAAUAAUUUAAUUUCUAAUAAACUUUGGUGGCAUGGACCGAAAUUUCUAUCAAAUCCCACUCUCGAUUUAUCAAAAUUUGAUAAUUUUGCAUACCCAAACCUUCAUCUUUCUGACAUUCCCGAAACAAAAACUGUCGUCAUGACUACCUCAAUAGAAGAAAAUUUUCUUUUAACUUUAUUUUCUAAAUUUUCCUGUUAUAAGAAGUUGCAAAGAACAAUGGCGUACGUACAUAGGUUCAUCAGAAAUUGUAAGAAUUGA